UUGAAGAUGAAAAUCCUGGCUAGAAAUGAGUCCACAGUGACUGAAUUUAUUCUUGCUGGAUUAACAGAUUGUCCGGAGCUCCAGCAACCUUUCUUUUACCUGUUUCUAGUAAUCUACAUUGUUACCAUGGUAGGCAACCUUGGUUUGAUCACACUUAUUGGUCUAAAUUCUCAUCUCCACACCCCCAUGUAUUAUUUACUCUUCAAUCUUUCUUUCAUUGAUCUCUGUUACUCUUCUGUUUUCACUCCCAAAAUGCUGAUGAACUUUGUAUUAAAAAAGAAUAUCAUCUCUUAUGUCGGGUGCAUGACUCAGCUGUUUUUCUUUCUCUUUUUUGUCAUAUCUGAAUGCUAUAUGCUGACCUCAAUGGCCUAUGAUCGCUAUGUGGCCAUCUGUAAUCCAUUGCUGUAUAAGAUCACCAUGACUGAUCAGAUAUGUUUUAUGCUAACUUUUGCUGCUUACAUAAUGGGAUUUGCUGGAGCCACUGUCCACACAGGCUGCAUGCUUAGACUAACCUUCUGCAAUGCUAACACCAUCAACCAUUACUUGUGUGACAUACUCCCCCUCCUCCAACUUUCUUGUACCAGCACCUAUGUCAAUGAGGUAGUAGUUCUCAUUGUUGUGGGUAUUAAUAUCACAGUACCCAGUUUUACCAUUCUAAUUUCUUACAUUUUUAUCCUUACUAGCAUUCUUCAUAUAAAAUCCUCUCAAGGAAGAUCAAAAGCUUUCAGUACUUGUAGCUCUCACGUCAUUGCUCUUUCUCUCUUUUUUGGAUCAGCAGCACUCAUGUAUCUUAAGUAUUCUUCUGGAUCUAUGGAGCAGGGAAAAGUUUCUUCUGUUUUCUAUACUAAUGUGGGGCCUAUGCUCAAUCCCUUAGUCUACAGUUUGAGGAACAAAGAUGUUAAAGUUGCACUGAGAAAAACUCUGAUUAAAAUUCAGAGGAGAAAUAUAUUCUAA